AUGAUACUACUCGGAUUUUUAUUACUACCAGAUAGUGGUGAUAAAAUAACCUUGAAAAUUACAACUCUUCUAAAUGUUGUUAUGUUCAGUUUACUUCUAUCGGAAAUUAAGCCACCAAGUUCAAAUGCUAGACCAAUUAAUACCGUAUAUUUCAUGUGUGUUAUGAUUAUGUCAGUGGUAUCAGUUAUUGCAUCAAUAUUAGUAUUAUCACUUCAUUUUCGAAACUCUAAAAGUUAUACAAUGCCAUUAUGGGUUCGUAAGUAUAUUUGUAAUUAUUUGGCAUGGCUAUUACGUAAAAAGCGUCCUAAUCAUGAUUUUAGUUGGCGCGCCAUUCGUCGUCGAUGUACUUCUACAAAACAACAAUUGAAUAAUCAUAGAUGA